CAGUCAUUUUAAUCGCCGCGCGUUUCGAUCGCGUUAUUUUCAUGGCUCAUCCUCGAGACUCUUUCGAGCAGAAACGCACGCGCGCGCUUCUUCCGCCGGCUGUCGCUCUCGUUUUCUAUCCAUUCCGUCUCUCCCUCGCUCUCUCUUUUCCUUCCCUUCCUCGUCCCUUUUUCCCUUUCAUUCAUACUUUCUCGCAUUCUCUCCUUAUCAUUGCCAAUUAUUUUUCUCUUUGACUUUCCUCUCUCUCUCCCUCUCUCUCUAAGACUGCCUUUUAUAACGCAGUGGUUCGCGCCCACUCGGCCUAUAUAGUUAGCCUUUUAUUGUGAGUAGUAGCUUCGGUGCGAAAAGUCGGCUCCGAAAAAGAAUAUGAUAUCUAUUACUAGGAAUUUAGGGAGUAGCCGGCGUGAAGAGCGAGCGUGAUGUCUUUUGCGAAUGCACGCGAUGCGAUACGAUGCGACGCGUACAUGUGUGUGUGUGUCUAUGUACUACAUGUGUUGUAUCAUCGUACCGGUACGAGAGACGCACGACUCUAACGUCUUCUUCUUUCCGUUGCCGUUAUCGUCGCUGUGUGUCACCCCGUUCUAAUCACCCCGCAUUAGUGACUAAUUAAAUUUUGUAACGAGACCAAUCCUCGCAUGGCUGCCGCAUCGCGUGUCGGCGAUCACGUCGACCCUCGUCGUCGUCGUCGAGGAGACACCUUGGAGCUGCCGGCAGCAGCAAGCAGAUAUUUGCCACAACGUCCGAUACCUCGGAAAAUACGGGAGACCUGAAAGAAACAGGUGAAGAAGAAUUCUAAAUCUCUCUCAGGAUAUAUAAUGCGCAAACUGACAAUUCAUAGCUUCAUUAGACGGACAGGAGUAAAUGUCAGUACGUAAAUCAGUACGUAAAAAAAAAAAAGCUGUUGCAUCUCUAUUUCUUUUUCUACGAACGAUACACGACAGUAUCGUGUCACAAUGUCGAAGGGCGAGUCUCGCGAUAUUGCGCGCUCAAAUUUUGAAAGAGCGGUAGAAUAUCACGUUUAGAAUCGCGUAAGAAUAUAUUUCGGCUAUAUAUUAUUAUAAGAAAUAUGGAGGAUAUAAAAGUGCCGAACCUGGGGCAAGCCGCAUCGGCCGCGUGUUCUAUGGCGACCAAUUUCUUGGCUCCUGUGAAGACUGAGCGCCAGAUUUAUGAAAACUCGAUGCUCGAGGAUGAUCCUAAUGCCAAUUCGGUAAUACCAACGUCGCAAGAAGAUAAGACCGUGCCUAGAUGGGGUCCGAAUCAUAAAGGUGCCCAGGAACUUGCGAAUCUGUACAGUACCGGGAAAAGAACGCAAGAGUGUAUCUGCGUAGGGAUUUGUAUCACACUCAUAGCCGUGAACUCUGUGCUUGUGUUAAUCAGAUUACGAUUGGAAAAUUUAAGUUCUAUAGCAAUGGCUGCAUUAUGCGGUAUUAUCACGGCUGAUUUUGGAUCCGGUCUGGUUCAUUGGGCCGCGGACACCUGGGGAUCCAUUGAACUUCCAAUUCUAGGGAAGAAUUUUUUAAGACCAUUUCGUGAACAUCAUAUAGAUCCUACCAGCAUAACGAGACACGAUUUCAUAGAAACUAACGGUGAUAAUUUUAUGGUCGCGAUACCAGUACUGUCCAAACUCACAUGGGAUUUUCUGACAUUGCCCGAAGUGGAAAUGCAACAGAAAUUUGUUUGGACAUGCUAUUGGUUCUUGCUCGCCAUUUUUGUAGCAAUGACUAAUCAGAUACACAAGUGGUCACAUACAUAUUUCGGAUUACCUACUUGGGUUAUUUGGCUUCAAGAGCACAGGAUCAUCCUGCCAAGGAAGCAUCAUCGAGUGCACCACGUCGCGCCUCACGAGACUUACUUCUGCAUUACUACAGGAUGGUUAAAUUGGCCUUUAGAAAUACUCCACUUUUGGUACAUUUUAGAGGUGAUAAUCGAAAGGACUACUGGUUGUAAACCUAGAGCCGACGAUCUGAAAUGGGCACAAAAGCGUUCUUGAGAAUUAAUAAUUGCCCUCUUUUCGUUAUUGUACAUUUUAUUAUACGAUCGAGAUGUUUAACAGCCAAAUGUUGGAACGAAACUCAAACAUCGAACUAUGAAAUAGAAAUUAAGUGAAAAGUUUAUAUGGGCAAUAGUAAACAGAUUCGUAUAUACAUGGAAUCCUCGAUUGCUGGAAAAAUAUAUAUACACACUCACACACA